AGGCCCAGAAAAGAAAUUUACAUGAAUCAUACUAAAUAGUCUCUUUUCUUUACUUGAUUUAUUGGUAAUAUUGAUGAUUUGCAGGAUAGUAUAUACUGUGCCAAUAUUUUAUGCAUUUUACAGACUUACAAAAAUAUCAUUAUAUGCCAAAUUGACCUUAAAAUUAGAGAAUCAUAGGCUAAUUUAACCAAUAGUAGUGUUUUGAUUCCAAAAUUAGCCUAGGCAGACAUGAACUUAGCCUAUCUCAGACAAUAUUUGCCAGAAGCAAGACUCGAACAUGACAAGGGAUAUGGGCUGAAAUUAUGAUUUCUGAUGGAAAAAAGCUGUAUGCUGAUUGCUUUAGCCUCCAGGACAUUGUAUAUUGUUUGUUACUGGGGAAAACAUUAAUAUACCUGUGUACCAAUGUAACCCCAGUGCACUUCCUAUGUAUUUAUAAUGAUCAGUUUCUUUAUCUUGCAGAUAAUUCGUGAAGCACCAAAUGCAGACUUGUUGAGAGGUCCUUGGAAAUUAAAGUUACAGUCCAUAAUUGUCGAAAGGAACUAUUUUUUGGUCUUGUUGGAAAUUUGUUAAGACUGUUGUGCAUUUUAUUUUUCUAUAACCUGUUUUGUUAUAAAUGAUCACUGGUAAUGUGUGAAGGAACAUGUUUUCUAUGUAUCGAGUUAACUUUCCUCAAUAGCAUACUCUAGAUUCUCCCUCAGAAGAGCCUUCCUUUCUUUGACAGUUUUGAUUAGCAUCAGGAUUUUGGGAAAUGCAUGUUGUUUAAUGAUACUACAUGGAACAAUACAAAUGGCAACUUUUAAAGUGUUUGAGGCAACAGUAAAUUAUUGUACGUGUAUUUAACAAAUUUAAACAACAAGUAAAAUUUGUUUUGAAUAUUAGAUUCAUACAUCAGCAGUGAAAUCUGGUUGUAGUCCUUCAAGAUAUUGUACUUAAUUAUUAACAUAUUUAUUGAGUAAUUAUUUGUAAACAAUUUCAUGUUAAGAGUUGUGAAUUGAACACAUUGGUAUAAAGAACAGGACGGGACAUAAGGCUAAAAUGAAUCCAGGACAUUCUUUAGAACUUCCUUUGAAAAGUGAAACUGAAGGUGCAUUAUCACUACCUUCCAUAAAUCAAGAAAACAGCAACAUGGCUGUCUAUAGUGGAACCAGUGAUGGAGACUUUUUGUCUCUGGAUCCAUUGAUGGACAUCAAAAUAGAACCAGAGGAAUUUUAUGAGUCUAAUGAAGAUGAUGAAUAUUCAUAUGAAAUGAAUUCAAUAGUGAAUGAAAAACAUCCACAAACUUGCAAAAAGGAAGUAAAACAAGAAAGAAGGAAUAGUCACAAUGGAGAGAAGCCUUUCAGAUCAACUGACUGUGAGAAAACAUUUUACAAGAAAAUUAAUCUUACAAAUGAUAUCACAAAUCCUACCAGAGAGAAAUUCAUAUGCAAUGACUGUGGGAAAGCAUUUUCCUUGAAAUAUAAUCUUAUAGUUCAUAUGAGAAUCCAUACGGGAGAAAAGCCAUUCACGUGUAAGGAAUGUGGGAAAGGAUUUUCCUUGAAAAAUCAUCUUACAAGUCAUAUGAGAAUCCAUACUGGAGAGAAGCCAUAUAUAUGCAAGGAAUGUGGGAAAGCAUUUUCCCAGAAAUCAAGUCUUACAUGUCAUAUGAGAUGGCAUACUGGAGAGAAUCCAUUCAUAUGCAAUGAAUGUGGGAAAUCAUUUUACCAGAAACCACAUCUUACAAUUCAUAUGAGAAUCCAUACUGGAGAGAAGCCAUUUAUGUGUAAAGAAUGUGGGAAAGCAUUUUCCCAUAAAUCAAGUCUUACACUUCAUAUGAGAUUUCAUUCUGGAGAGAAGCCAUUCCUGUGCAACGAAUGUGGGAAAUCCUUUUACCAGAAACCACAUCUUACAAUUCAUAUGAGAAUCCAUACUGGAGAGAAGCCAUUUAUGUGUAAAGAAUGUGGGAAAGCAUUUCCAUGGAAAGAUGAUCUUACAAUUCAUAUGAAAAUCCAUACUGGAGAGAAGCCAUAUAUAUGCAAGGAAUGUGGGAAAGCAUUUUCCCAUAAAUCAAGUCUUACACUUCAUAUGAGAUUUCAUACUGGAGAGAAGCCAUUCCUGUGCAACGAAUGUGGUAAAUCAUUUUACCAGAAACCACAUCUUACAAUUCAUAUGAGAUUCCAUACUGGAGAGAAGCCAUUUAUGUGCAAUGAAUGUGGGAAAGCAUUUUCCCAGAAACCAGAUCUUACACGUCAUAUGAGAUUGCAUACUGGAGAGAAGCCAUAUAUGUGCAAGGAAUGUGGGAAAGCAUUUUCCCACAAACAGAGUCUUACACAUCAUAUGACAUUGCAUACUGGAGAGAAUCCAUUCGUAUGCAAGGAAUGUGGAAAAACAUUUUCCCAGAAAUCAAGUCUUACACGUCAUAUGAGAAUCCACAUUGGAGAGAAUCCAUUCAUGUGCAAGGAAUGUGGGAAAGCAUUUCCCAGGAAAGAUAAACUUACAAUUCAUCUGAGAGUCCAUACCAGAGAGAAGCCAUUCAUGUGCAAUGAAUGCAGGAAAGCAUUUUCCAAUAAAUCAAGUCUUACACGUCAUAUGAGGUUGCAUACUGAAGAGGAAAAAGAAACAACAUGA